CAAAAGUUUAGUUGCAUAGCAAGAAAAAGAAACAGCUAUGGAUUCAAUGGCAAAUGCAACUUUUGAGGAAGGGGUUCGAGAAAAACACAAAAAUGGGGUGAAUAAAUCAAUUGAAAAGUCUAGAGGACGUACAAGGGAAAGACUGUUCUCAUCUCACCACUGGUCGGGUCCACCAACAAAUGCGAUAUAUAUGGAAGAGGCGAUUGCGACACCGACAAUUAUACGGAACACGUUAACUCCUGAGCAGAUAGAAGCGUAUGUGAUUCUAGUUCGGAUCGAAGAAAUUUGCAAUAUUAUUAGUUCGGGGAAUUAUGUUCCCAAGGACGAAAGAUUACGUUCCCCAUCACCGCCGCCCGUGUAUGAUGCUAGUGGCCGAAGAAAGAACACCAGGGAGGUCAGGUAUAAAAGAAAAUACGAGAACGAAAGAUGUUUUCUUGUGGAAAGGGCACUGAAACUAAUACCCGGCUUUAAAACUCCAGAUUGGUACAACCCAAGGCCAACGACGAUUGUUGAAAAGCUCUACAUUAAGACCAAGGAAUAUCCACAAAUUAACUUUAUUGGAUUGUUGAUUGGGCCCAGAGGUAAUACGUUAAACAAGCUCCAGGAGGAUUCUGGAGCUAGAAUUGGUAUUCGCGGUAAAGGGUCUGUGAAGGAAGGUAAGAACACCAUGAAUAUAUCGCCAGAAUUGAACAAUUUGCAGGAUCAGCUACACUGCUUAAUCACCGCUGAUUCAGUUGAGAAAGUUGAGAAGGCGAAAAAACUAUGUCAACAAGUGAUGGACAAAGCGAUUUUUUCGCCUGCCGGCCAAAAUGAUCUGAAGAGAGAUCAAUUGCGUGAACUUGCAAAAUUGAAUGGUACGUUUCGUGACGAUACUGAGCGUGCAUGCCCAGUCUGUGGGGAAAUGGGACAUAACAGAAAUACUUGUCCGAAUAAAAAUAGGACUAACUUCGUCAAUAGCUUAGUUUGCUCGAAAUGUGGGAAUGUUGGCCAUUUGGAGAAGGAUUGUAAAAUCCAGUCCAAGGCUGAUGAUCACAUGGAUCAAGAGUUUGCUGAUUUCAUGAAUGAGCUUAAUGAAGAUGCAGAGGGUACUGGUAAUGAUGGUGGAAUUUCUAGUAAGGAUGGUGAUUUCAAGGACAGAGUUCCAUUACAUCAACCUCACAUGAUACCGACAAAGCCAUCAUUACAGAAUAAUGAUAACUUCACAUCCAACAACAACAAACGCUUUUCAGAACACUCUCAUUAUGAUAGUUAUGAUGGCUAUGGUGGUGGGGCUGAUGGAGCAGGUGGGGCAAACGGAUACAAGAGGCAGCAUCAUGGAGAUGCAUAUUCCAGCCAAGGGAUCAGUGGAUACAGACAAGGCUACGGACAUCAGUACACACAAUCUUACGGCGGAGAUAGAUACGGACAGGAUCAACAAUACCAAUACAGACAAUCUUAUGGUAGCCGCUAUGGUUAUGGCCAGCAACAGGACCACCAGCAUCAUUCACAUGGCAAGCAGUACGACACACAGCCUCCAUCUUAUUCGAGUUCGAUCAACCCAUUUGAUAAGCAAUCUCGUGCUACGCACCCAAGACAACAGCUUCCUCCACCUCCACCCACUUCUAGUUCCGCUACUAUUGUUAGCACCACUAAUUACGCACCCGCAAGUACAACUGGAGGAGCAUUAAGUGUGGGAUUACAAGCCCCCCCGGGAUUAAAGAACCGGUCUAGUGUUUUCUCGCCACCGCCACCGCCGCCACCUCCUGGUGGUGGUUCCAACUCCAAAACGGGAACCUCAUUACGAAAACAAGUUCCACCACCGCCUCCGCCACCACCAGCCGCAUAGAUGGAUUUUUAUAAUAUGUUUUGAUUAAACUAUCUUUAUGUAGAUUAUGAUAAACUGGUGACUGCGUGAAAAAAGCUGUUAUGGUUUUUAUAAAAAAUACAGAAAAGUUUUGAUCUGAAAACUAGGAAAAAAGUAGAAAGCACAAAGGAUGUAAAAGUAAAGUUGAAAAUAAAAGAGUAAAAGUGGAAAUAGGAGUGAAAAGGAAAAGUAAAGAAGAAAAUAUGGCAGUGGGAGAAAGUAAAUAAAGCUGAGUAAAAUGAGUAAAAGGGAGAACUGGGAAAAAAAAAGGGGUAAAUAGAUUUAUAUAUGAUAUGUAGUAAAUAUA